UGAUAGUCUUUUCAUAUGAAACGAUGCAUGCGAUUAAACUGCACAAGCAUGCAAAAGAUAGCAGUUUUUACAAGUGUUUUCAAGGCAAUCUGAAAUUAUUAUCAAGCAUAAAAUUCUUUUAUGAAACCGAUAAACGUUCUUGUCUUAUAAUCGCAAAAUAAAAUUGAUUUAUAGAAAGGAUCGGUUGCAGAUAUUAUAUUUAAACAUGUUCAAUUUAUUAAUAUUAAUUUGCUGUGAACUUUGCUGCACUUGUACAAGGUACAGCACUGAAGUGAAUGAACAGUUGCAAAUUGCAACAGUGGUAAAGAACUCUUGUGGUAGAGGUCGCGAAUGAACGCUUAUUCAUACGUUAAGUAGAAUGUUGCGAUCUUUUAGCAUUUGUCAUGUAAGGUUCAUAUCGAUCGAAAAUAGUUUACAACGAAUUAUUUGAACUAUUACGAAAUGUUUUGCGACUUCUGGCCACCGAAGAUACAUUCGAGCCAACGACGAAAUACUUUUUUUGUUAAAUUGCGAUCAAAAUAAGACUAGAGAAAGACGCUUAUCCUUGUAAAAAAUUUACAAACACAUAAUUAUACGAGUGAAAAAAGAUAAAUAGAAGAAGAAAGAAAGUGAACUUGUAGGACACAAAAGGCAUGCGACGAAAUCAGCCAUUAUUCGUUCAGGGUGCUGAUUUACACAAAAAUACAUUUAGGAUGUCUGAGGCUCUAGAACAAGGAAAGACUUUUGGAAAAUGUAUAGAAUGGAAGCCUAUAGAAGAUUCUGUAGUAUCAGAGAAUCCAGAUCAAGAUUCAGAAUGGUCCUUGGUAGACACUCAUGUCAGGCGUGCUCGUACUUCAUCAGAAGGACCAGAUUCUCUGGGACGUACAAGAACUGUUAGAAUUUCAUUUUCAGAUUUAAACUCUUUACGUAUGAAUCACGGAGGACAACAGCUUAUAUUUAUGCAAAAGGAUGGUACCACCUAUGUUGCCUUUUUUCAGCUAUCUAAUGCUGACAGUUUUCUAAACUCCUUAAAAGGAUUUAUUAACUUUGUAAAGUCCCGUACAAAUAGAGAUACAUUCAUUGUAGUAGAUGAAGUUCAAUCAGUACUAAGUAAAUCAUUUGCUGAAUUGGAUAUAUUUCAAGAAAAUACUUCUGAUUAUGUUUGGAAAUUUGUAAAAAGUUUACAUAACCGUCCAUAUGAAACAACGUUGGAAGCAUUUAUAUAUAAAGAUUCAGUUAAAUCAUCAGAAGAAGCUUCAGAGUUGUUAACACAUGAUGUUCCUGCUCUACCAGCAUCUGUAAGUUCUGGAGACGAAUACGAAGUGAUUGGGGAUCAUGAAUUUGAUGUAUUACCCCCAAGACCACAUUGUCCAAGAGGGUAUUACACCAUCAUUACGUUUUGAAGUGUGGAAAUUUUUAUUAAAUUAUUAUCCAUGGAAUUCUACGCAUAUUGAAAGAUUAGAACUUAAAAAAAGAAAGACUGAUGAAUAUUUUGCGAUGAAAUUACAAUGGAAAUCUAUGACACCUAUACAAGAGAAUCAUUUUUCUGAUUACCGAGAACGGAAGAAUUUGAUAGAAAAGGACGUGAAUAGAACAGAUAGAACACAUCCGUAUUACUCGGGUGAUAACAAUCCUCAUUUAGCACAAUUAUCUGAUAUUUUAAUGACCUAUGUAAUGUAUAAUUUUGAUUUGGGAUAUGUGCAAGGUAUGAGUGAUCUUUUAAGUCCCAUUUUAUGUUUAAUGGAAAGCGAAGUUGAUGCGUUUUGGUGUUUUGUUGGUUAUAUGGAGAAAGUGAGUCCCAAUUUUGAAGUAGACCAAGCUGGGAUGAAAACUCAAUUGUGCCAAUUAUAUACUCUUUUGAAUACUACAGAUCCACAAUUAGCAUAUUACUUGAAUAACCAUGAUUCAGGAAAUAUGUUUUUCUGCUUCCGUUGGCUUUUGGUACUAUUUAAAAGAGAAUUUAGUGCAGUUGAUAUAAUGAAAUUAUGGGAAGUAUUGUGGACUGAUCUACCAUGUAAAAAUUUUCAUCUCCUCAUAUGUGCAGCUAUUUUGAAUACAGAAAGAAAUGUUCUUAUGGAAAAUCAAUAUGGACUUACAGAAAUAUUGAAGCACAUAAAUGACCUUUCAAAUCAUAUUGAUUUGUCUUCGACAUUAUCUAAAGCAGAAGGUAUUUAUUGUCAACUAAUUUCGGCUGAGGACCAAUUGCCUGAUAAUGUUCGAGUAAUAAUUGGACUUGAGGUUCAAAAUAAUGUGUUACCAAUUAUUGAUAUAGAAAACGAUAUAGAAGGUUCUGAUCAUAAUGUCGAAGCUGAUGAAAAUGAUACCAAUGCAGAAAAAAAUAGUAGUACAGAAAGCAUUCUAGGAUUUGACACAGUUACAUUUGACGUAAAACGAUUUAAGUGAAUUCAUCAUAUUUGUGAGAACAGGAUCGUUCAUAAUAAUCUGAAGAAUUUUGCAUCAAUAUGAACAUUGUUCAUCACACAGUCAAUUUUUUAAUAUUUAUUACUUUUAAAAAAUAUUUGUAGUCACACUCUUCGAAAUGAACAUAUAUGCAUUGUUUGUUACAACCAAUGCUGCGAUGCCUCGCGGGCGGUCAACGAACUUUAUCUUGCGCAAAUGAUUUCGUAUUUUCUUUAUCAAACGAAUCAUUUCGAUUGAAAUGUGAUACUACGAUCCAUAUUUUAAUUAUCAAAGUUGGAAUUCUGCUGUGAAUUUACAAAGUUAUAGUGAAAAUAAUUGUUAGUAGCGUUGAAUUUUGAGAUAUUUAUAAAAUUCACUGUAAGUACGAAGAGAUUAUUUACCUAAUAAAUAAGGGAUAGUUUCAUACAAGUACGUAUUUUGUAUCUAAAUGUUACUUUUGAUGCACAUAAAUCUGAACCCGUGAACAGAAAUGAUUUACAAUGUAUUUUGACUAUUAACUGAUGUUAAUGCUUAUGUUAUCUUCAUUUAAGUUCUCAAUACGUCUUUUUCAAAUCUGUAUAAAAUCUUGCAACUAUACUGUAUAUUUCUAAUAAAAAACGCCUGUUUAAUCUUUGAUUUCAUAAUUUUUUUACAAUUGCCAAUAUUUGAAAAGAAAAUUGCCAAAUUUUGAAAUCUAAUGGAUUACAAAUAUAAAUCUAGUUUAUAAUUUUUAUACAGAUUAUCAUAUGA